AUGCUGCGAAGUUCAAAGGUCAAGAUCACUUGCUUCUACUGCAACCAGCCUUCCUAUAUCCCCAGGACCGGUAAUGCUUCUCCUCGCGAGUUCGACUGUCCCCGCUGCUAUUCCACCAAUAAAUUCGAUGAAAAUGGUCAAAUCCUCGACUACCAUCCGGACGUUGAACAACCAUUCGUCAAAUUCGCCCGUGACAAUGCCUCUCCUAAAAGUAAAACUCAUCGCCACGUUUCCGUCCUCUGCAGGUCCUGCGAAAACAAUCAUUCCAUUAUCGUCGAACAGCUAGCAAACUACCUUCCUGAGGAAACCGAUCCAAACUAUGAGUACCUUGCCGAACACAUCGACGACUUUAGACGCCAGCUUGAAGAGAAAUAUCCGCCCGUCUGCGACAACUGUGCCCCCAAGGUCAACAGUGUAAUCAAGAGUAUUAGAUACGAUGUCAUUUCGAAAGGAAUGGCAAGGGUACUCGUUAAUACUGAGAAGAGGAUCCAUUCAAACCAGAUCGCCCCGCCCAGGACGGUUUCUCGUAUAAUGCUAGGGAAUUUCUUGGUGCUUGGUUGGUUCGCCUGGGGAGCCGCCUACUGGGCCUCCAUCGCCCUGCUCAUGUUUUGGCAGUUCACGAUUUCAAUCUUUGCCCUACACACCUCCAAGGAAGGAUCCUGUGAUCCAAGAUGGCAGUCUUGCAUCGCUGAGACUUGGCAGAAAGGAAAUCUAAGUAGUGCAUGCUACGAUGUUAGCUCAAAAUGGGUUAAUGUUAUCUUUCCAUGGGCUCUGCUACUCUCCUUCUACGACUAUAAAUGGCUGGAGGUCCGCCGCCGACCAGGGUCCUAUGUCGAGGAUAGGGCCCCAUACAUGGCCUGCCAAGCUGUUGUCUCAGUCUUCAUAGGCCUCAGCUGGUGGUAUCUUGGACCUGGAGGCUCUUUCAAAGAAGAGAGACAGAUAAUGGUCUUAAGCCAUGCAUCUCUCCUAAUUGAAGCACUCGUUCUCUGGAUAGCAUUUACCUCCUUGAAAGUCACGAGGCCAGUCUAUACUAUUUCUUUAAAUGACUUAGACCGACCCAAAUCAACAAGCCACUUACCACCCUUGUUAGUCAAGUCUUCAUCGUCCCUAUCAAGCUCGGGUGGCAUGACUUUCCGACCCACCGGGCCUUCGAUUAACGAGCAUAUAAACGCCCCAAGAACACCGCCGUCGGUCAAAUCUAAACAGCCGUACAUCAACUCUGCUAAAAGGAACCAGCCCACACCGAAGUAUACAAUAGAACCCUACCAACCGCCCUUACCUUUUCAAUCUCGAUACGCGACCCCUGCGCCGGCUCUGCCUCCCCCUUCUACUCAUACUACACCAGGGCAACCAGAUCCCGAUGCAAUGGACUGGAAUCCUAGCUUCAACGAGAAUGACAGCCAAGACACGUUCAAUCCUAUGGGGUCGUUCUCUGAGCACCGGCCUAGCUCUCCGCUUGGUUUCUUUGAUCAUUUCGACGACACUGACGACGAUGAUGCUAAAACCGAAAUCAUAGACUCGCCUGCAAAGCCAAUUAGAAAGCCGAUGAGAGGGAAAACUCUGAUGGUUGAUGGAAUGCUUGAAAAACAGACAGGUUUAGAGAGCCUUUUCGAGGUGGCGGCUAAGCUUGACGAGGCGAAGCCCCUCAAUCAGCCUGGCAUCCUAAAGAAACGCGCUCACCGGGUGGGUCAAGAAGCCGCCCGGUUGUUAGUCGUAUGCUCCGGGUUGUUCACCCUUGUGUCCUCUGAUGAUACCGCCGCGUGUGCUGGUCUGGCGCUGGCGCUAGUGUUUGGAACCGGCUGGAGGUUCAUUAGGGCGGCUUUUAGGUCUGGUAAUAGUGUCUACGGCCUUGGGGAUGCGUGGAAGCGCAACUUAACUAUCUUAAUGUGUCUUUUCGAAGCAUGCGCGGGUGCCGUGGUUGCUGGAGAACUUCUGGGAUUUCGAAUACUCCCGCAACCGAUUAGCCUUGAGCACACGGACUCCCCACAACCGCUGCUACCGAUCGAUAUGACACCGACAGAUACCGCCACCCCGUUUACCUCAGAAGCUUCUUUUGACAUUUCAGCACCGGUGGGGAGUAGUUUAGUUCAUGACUCCCGGACGCAGAUAAUGCAGCUUAUCAUAAGAUUGCUCUUCUUCUCCAUGGCGGCUCAUCAGACAUGGGACUUUUCCCGGGUUUUUGCUUACAAGGGAACACAUGUUCUGGUUGCUCAAGAAGGGCAGCCGGAUCCCCAACCGGCAAUCAGACGUCGGGACUCGAGGGAAUUCAUACUAAACAAGCCCAUCAACAAUUUUGGGGGACCCCUGAACAAAGUUCAAAGCCCUGCGGCUCCUAUGCAGCCUCCUCCACCCCCACCCCCGCCCCCGCCGCCGACCACAACCGGGUUUGGCGGAUUAUCGCUUGGCGGUCCUAGCGGGAGCACUUUGACCCACCGAAGUAAUUUUUCUUCGUGGGGGAAGCGUGAAACAGACGUUGGGAUUCAACGUCCGACGCCCCAGCGGUUUGGGGCCACGACAACGAGGUCGAUGAAGGUGCCGCCUCCGGGUAUGGAUACUGCUCCUAGCCCAUGGACACAGGCAGGCUUUUCUCAGACGUCUUUCCAACAGCCAAGGGAAAACAGGAACUGGGGAUGA